AUGGAGUUGACAGAUGUAAAGCAUUGUAAGCCUGGAUGGACGAUGUUUGGGGACUCCUGCUACCUGUUUGGAGACACUGAUAUGACAUUCUACAGCGCACUGGAAUACUGUGAAGGUCUCGAUGCUACCCUAGUCCACAUUAACACGACGGACGAAAACCUAUUUCUGAAGACUGAGUUGAUGCAGAAACCGAACAGUCCAAAGCAUUGGAUCGGCAUGACAGACGAGGCGGAAGAAGGAACCUGGACAUAUCUGGAUGGAGUAAAUGUGUCAUUCACUCAUUGGGGCACAUCCCAGCCAAACAACGGACAGGCGUCCAACUGUGGCGCUUUCUGGGCUAGUUUUGACUACAUGUGGGUGGACGAAUCUUGUACAAGAACGUUCAAAGCAAUUUGCGAGGGUGGUGCAAUUUUUACAUGCUGA